GUCACUUCAUCCUACUGUCCCACAGCCUCUGAGAUCUCAUCUUGAGCAAUCAAAACCAUCAUUCAUGGUACACUGAUAACCUUACGGGUGAGGAUAUUGACCUCAAUAACAAGAAAUAUGGUAGAAAGUGUUAUGCAGAGUUAAAACUGAAUUGCUGACUUUCCUGAAUUGAAGAAAAGAGAUGACACAUUGUAGACAGUGUAAAAAAUAUCAAUCAAUAUUCAUCUAAUAUACAACAAGUCAGAUCAAAUAAGUGCACCUUCUGUGAUCUGGAGAGAGUUCAAAGUCAGAUGAAGAUCUGUCAAAAUUCUGAAGUAGACUGAAAGAACUAACCACUGUGUUCUUCUUGCAGUUUAGGUGAACUAAGCCAAAAGAAAUCUUAACGUGAGGAUUCCAUCAGUAUCUCCAAGAGUCCCAGCACCAGCUGUUGGAAGUUUGACUGUGUCUGUUACAUCUUCACAGGCAAUUGGGGCUAAAGUUGGAUCCCCAUCAGUGGUUGGCUUGCAAGCAAUUCCUGCAGCUGGAACCAGUGGUCGUCAUACGAGCACUACCACCAUUCACGCAGUAAGUGGAAGCUCCCCAAUGGCAUCAAUAAUACGUGCACCUCAAACAUUGGUGGGACAAGUAACCCAUAACAUUAAUCAUCCAUAUUCAUCACACGUACCUAGAGGUGCUGCUGCUGUUGCUAGCAUUAGUGCAGCCCCUAAAUCAGCUGUUGCUACACCAAUUCUUCGACCGCAUAGUAAUACAUCAUCCCCUGUACUUUCCUCAACUGCUGUGUCUAAUCAUCCUCAUCCCCAGAUCAUUGCACGUACACCUUUGUUACGUCCAGGCAGGACAACAACACCUCCAACUUCAAAGACAGCAUCUCCUGUUCCACUGACCAUUACACAUGUCAUUGAUUUUAAAAAAAGUGGAACCCAUAUCGCUGCUACAGGCCAAUCACAAAUUGGUUUAAAUGCUACAAAAAUUGGUGAGGCUAAUGUCAGAUCACCUGCAAUAAACAACAAACCUGUACAUGUUUCUCAACCUAUUGUUCAACAUCUUCAUCAGGUCCCUGAGAAAGGAUUUUCAAAGAUUCAGGCAACACCUGUUACCACAGCACAUAGCACUCUUGCUCAAUCUGUGCCCAGUCAUCGUCCAGUUGCUGUACCUCAAGGAGCAGUGGUGAUGCGUGCAAUGACAUCUUCAACUGCACAUUUCUCUCAACAGCAUGUUUUACCAGCCUCGACAAGCCACCAGCCAGUAACUGUGCCUUCGACAACAGUUGUCUCUGUAGCAUCAUUACCAUCUGUUGCAUAUGCAGGGAACUAUAAUCCCACAAACAGACAAACUUUACAUCCUCCGUCCUUACAGGCUGCACCACAUACACCUAAUAAUUCAUCAUCAGUUGGCCUGACAUCCCAUCCAACUUUUACUGUGGUUUCAACAAAAGGUGCAUCUCAUGUAGUACAAACAGUUUCUCAUCAUCCUUCUCAAAGUGCAACUUCAAGUUUGGGGAGAAUAGUGCUGACAACCUCUGUUGCAUCUUCAAAUGGAGUUCGCAUGACCACAAGUAAUGCAUCAUCAAUGCGUGGGAGUGCCUCUGUUACACCUGUGCAACACAUAUCUGCCAUUCCUGUAGAUAAAGUACACACAAAAGUUUACUCACAGCUCUCAAACAGCUCUCGAGGAGGUAGUGAAAGUCUUCCAAACUCUGGAAAUGAAAUUACUUCUCAGCCCAACAGAAUGAAUACAGUAAUUCCAGUAUCAGCCAUGAGUGGCACUACUCCUCAGACUUUGUCAGGGUCAAAUCAUCAUUCUUCUUUUGAAAGUAAAUCUGAAAGCAAUACUAGUGGAGCAACACGGUUAGCUUCAGUUCCACAGCCUGGCUUUGCAGGAGGCACUCAGUAUGCUGUCCCAGCAGCAGCCUACUACUAUGAAUCUUAUCCUGUUCAUAGUGGUGUUACAAUGCAGCAUUUUAGCAAUUCUUCAGGAACAUCAAGUUAUACUGCCAAUGUGGUUCCAUCUUCGGGGCAAAGACCUGGAAUAUUAUCUCCACAUGUUACUACAAAUAUUGCCAGUCAGGGAUCUGCGCACAAUUUCUCAGCAAGAGGUUCUACUGGUCCUCCUGUCAGAUCACUAAGUUCUGUCAUGGUAAACAUUGAUUCCCGCCAUCAUGUGGCCUUUCAUCCUUUCUUUACAACAGCUAAUAAAGCAGGAAUUUCCACAGAUGUAUUAGUGACAGUAGCCUCACCAACAAACCCUUUGUGCACUUCAGCCAGUACUGCAGCAUCAGCAGUUAGCCUAGCUAAUAGUUCCCUGGUUUCAUCUCCACAUGGCACUCUGCAUGGAACUGGAUCACUUCCAAAUCUCAGUACUUCUCCACGACCCAGUAUCCUCAGGAAGCGUACUAUUGAUGGUGUCAGUGCUGCUGUGAAGAAGAAUUUACUGGCAAGCAUGUCGGGUUCAGCACCUGCUAGCCCACGCACAGAAACAUCUGCUACUCCACAUGGGUGUGAAUUGGGAAAAGAAUCCUCUAUUCAUGGACAGACCAAGAACACUGACUAUACAGAAGGAAUUAAGAAACAAAUUUCAUCAGUUGGAGUUGUUGUGAAACAAGAACUGCAGCAAAACUCAGAAAAUGCAUGGAAUGCUGCUCCUCCUUCUGUGACACCGGAAGUAUCACCAAGGAAAAAACCCAGAAAACAACAGUUAGCUGCCAAUGAACUGAUUGGACCACAUUCUAGUGAUGGGGAAGAAGAACUGGACAAAAAUAUCAAUGAAAAUAACAAAAAAGAAGACACUGACAGGGAAGAACCAGUUAAGUGGGUGACAUUUUGUAAAAGGCCUAGUAUGUCAUUACUUGGCACUUACCGCCAUACUUGGAAAUCUCGCCACAAUCACUUUCAGAGAUACAGUGAUGUCAAACCUAAAGAUGAAAAGAAAACAACAGUGAAUGAUUUGGCUAACCAGAAAGGAGUGCUACAGAAGUCCAAUGGAUGGAAAUUUUAUCACUUAUCAGCACAGCUUGAAGAAGUGGUGGAGCUAGAAGUAUCUGUCUACUCAAGGAUAUCAAAAGUUUUGGAGCUCUUAGAAAAUGACCCCCCAGCCCUUAAGUGUAAGCCAUUGAGUUCGGACGAAGACAGAGUAAUGAAUAAAAUCAAUGAUCUGAUCAAAGGAAAUCUACAGAGAAGCAAGCUGUUGCAAGAUCAAAUGACAGAAGCAAAGCAACAGAUGUUAAAAAUUUUGGAGCAUAAACCGAGCAUUGUAGAGAUAAUCAACAAAUAUGCCAGCAAAAGACCACUAAAGAAAAAAGAGAAAAGCUAGUUUUUGUAGCAACAUUUGUCACAGAAUCUGACUGAUUAAAUUUUAUGUCAGUAAAGUAUUGAAGAAAGAAAUUUUAUCAGUAUAGUACCUGUUAAUGUUAUUUGUAAAGACAUAAAUGUUCAUAAUCAAGUAAGCACAACUAUGUGGACUCUGUACAUAGAAUUUUUAAAUUACAUAAUGUAAUUUUUAAUAUGGACCAACUCUUUGGACAUUUGGAGCAACUAUGAUAUGCCAUUUUUUAACAAACAUCAAGAGAUAUAAUGAUAAAUAAACCUUUGGAUAUCAUAUAAUGUUUAUGCUUGUGUAAGCUUAGUUUUACCUUAAAUAUGACUUGCAUCUCUAAUUUUUUUGGCAUUUUUUAAUUGUAAUAUUAUUUGUACAUUUUAUGGUUUCUUUAAGUUGUAUUUUGACUAAUUGAAUAUAAAAUUUCUAAAACUUAUUUGCAACGGUUAAUCUGUGCUGAUCUAAUGUUAUAAAUUUAGACUUGCUGUUAUUUUUAGUAUAUGAAUAUUCUUUUAGUCUUAGUUAUUACAAGAUAAAAUUCUACAGUCAGUUUUAAAGAAUUUUAUGCUAACCAACAAAAGUGAGACCAUGUACUUGUCGCUCCUUAAAACAAAAUUUUUGGAUACUAAGAUCAGUCAUGAUGUUGUUUGUAUAGCAGUUUGAAUAUAUUCUGUAUCUAAACUUUCCAAAAUCUUGUCAGUCAAAAUUUGACAUCAAUUAACAUGAAAUAAGAGGUUUAAAAAUUUAUUCCCUCCUUUUUUCAAACAGUUUCUUCUUCUAAGGUAAAUUGAGAAGUAAGAACUUUUAAAUAUUUGUAAUUGUUAUGAAAAAGAAAUGAUUGAAGUAAUUAAUUGUCUUAAGAAAUUGGAAAUAUUUUGAGACAAAAAUUCUGUAAAUAUAUAUAUAUAUAUAAAGUGGCCAUUUAGAUAAGUUCUGUUAAUACAUUUAUUAACUACUUUUUUAUUGCUCCUCUUCCCUAAAAACUGUUCACUACAGUUAUCCUGUUUUAAGGGUGAUUAUUUUCUACUAUAUUAUAUUACUUUAUAUGCAAAAAAUCCUCCAUCAGUGUUUGUUGUGGUCCUGAAAGCACCAAUUCUUGAAGCUCCUCAAUUUAUUAUAACAAGACAUCUGGUCACUGUAAAUAUCACUACUGAUAUGUGGUCAUCUGUUGUUCCAUUGUGCAGGCAUUACUGUUACAUAGUCUUUGAAACAUCGUGAAUCAUGUUCACCUCACUUUGUAUGAAGAAAUGUUAUGAUGGCCAUCAUUUAUGCAUAGUUUUUAUUCCUCUGUACAUUGAAGUCCGCAUGGACAUUCUGUAAUGUAGAAUUUUUUCUGUGUGGUGUUUUUCUCCUGUGCCACUUUUUGUUUGCAACAUCAACCACCUUGAUCAUGUGUCAUCCAGGUGAAGUUUUAUCUUAAUAAAUGGUCUGAUAUCUGGUGAUUGUUGUGUAAUAAGAGUUCAUAUAUCUGUUAUAGACAGUAUCCUUUUUUUUAACAUUUUUGUAUGCAUAUUGUGAUAUCAAAUAUUAAAUAUGCACCUGUUCAUGCAAUA